AAAACUGUCAAAUGUAAAGUCACCAAAAAGAUGAAUCUGAAAAGCGGACUGUCCAUUUCGUUGCAGAUAAGAAUAAUAUCAUAAAUAUGUCUUCACUGUCGGCAAACGAUGAAAUUGAUGAAGCUAAAGAGCGUGAGCAUUUCAAAGCCGUGGUCACCGCUUUUAAAUAUUAUAAGUUAUGCGGUAUUGAAAGGAUCCAUAAAUCGGAAAACAUUAUAUCCAAGCUUCCUCAAAGUCAUCAAAGGCGCUUAGAAAAGUACCGAGCUUAUCUCUCUAAGUUUAGAAAAUGCUUAGACGUGAACAAUAGUAUUGUUCAUUUAAUUAUAAAAGAUGUGGACACCAUGUUUGAGAAUGUGGAUCACAGCAAUACUGAUAUAUCUGGUACGAAUGGCACGGAGAGUUUUGGUUGCAAUUACAAUAACUGCGAGAUAACAUCACAUAAGCAACAUAAAAUGCAACAUGAUGUUGAAAAGGUACAAUCGGUGUUAAAAAAUAUAGUGAGGGAUUGGAGUGAAAUGGGUGCAGCUGAACGUAAACAAUGUUAUGGGCCCAUAUUGAAUGAACUUGAUGUCCGAUACCCACUCGAGGAGUUCAGUGAUAGAUCACGGAUAAAAGUGUUGGUUCCUGGAGCGGGACUUGGGCGGUUAGCAUGGGAGGUUGCCAACAGGGGCUACACAUGCCAAGGGAAUGAGUUUUCACUGUUUAUGCUGUUUGCAAGUAACUUUGUAAUCAACAGGUGUUCAGAUGUGAAUAUGCAUACUGUCUAUCCGUGGUUACAUCAAUACGUGAACAAUCUAACAUGCGAUCAUCAACUUCGUGCCGCCAUGUUCCCCGACGUAAAGCCGUCCAUGGACAGACCAAAGUAUAAUUUCUCAAUGACCGCAGGAGAUUUUCUUAAGGUGUAUAAAGAAGCGAAUGAAUGGAACUGCGUGGCGUCAUGCUUCUUCAUAGAUUGUGCGCCCAAUGUUAUAGAGUUUAUUGAACGGAUAUACACUAUCUUGAUGCCGGGAGGUUACUGGAUCAACCUAGGACCUCUACUCUAUCAUUACAGUGAUAUGCCAACAGAGAAUAGUAUAGAGCCGCCAUAUGAUAUUCUAUUGGAUAUUAUUAGAGAUGUAGGGUUUGAGAUAUUGCAAGAGCGUACGGGAGUGAAGACGAAAUACGCACAAAACCCGAAUUCAAUGAUGCAGCAUGAAUAUGACUCUGUGUUCUUUGUUUGCAGGAAGCCUUUCGGUGUUUAAACAUUCUCUAACAGUAUUUGCAAGUGUUUAUACCAAUAUGUUCUUUAUUAUUAUUGUCAUAAGACACAAGUCACAUUACAUUGAGAUUUAAGUCUUUUAGUUAACUAUAAAGUGUUUAAAUGUUAUAUCAACAGGUGGGAUAUGAAUGCAGUAUUUUGGUUUGUAAGAACAGUUGUACUGAAAUCGUUUUGGUUAUUUCAAACAUGAUGCCUGUUUUAAAUGUUUCAAAAUUUUAUUGAUGAUUGACAGGUGCUCCAAUAAUGAUUAACAUGUAACAUGUGUGCCAAUCAGAACUGAUUUUUUUUUAAUUAUCAAAAAGAUUUAUACAUAGUGAGUAGAUUGAUGUCUUCAAAUAACCAUUCACUUAUCUGGGCAUUACUAGGCUGUAAACUUUUAUAUUUUUUUUUUCUACAUUUAUAUAUAAUUUUUAUUUCCUUAUAAACAAGAUAAUAGUUACAAAAAGAUUGUAUGUAGGCAUAAGUAAAAUUAAAGUACCCACAUUGAGAAUGGAAACUAGUUUCAAGUGAAUAAGCAACCCGCAUGUUUGCUUAUCUUUGCAUUUCGCGUAUUGGUCAAAAGUUCUGUAACAAUCAAAUAAUCAGCCAAUCACGAUUGUCGGAAACCACGUGACGUGUGCAUAGCCAAUCACGUGCUCGGUGUUUUAGUUCUAUGACAACAGAUUUUUUUCAUC